AAUUCAAUCGUUGAAUUCAAUGAUUGCGAAUUCAGCUGCUGUGAUUACAACAAAAAUAAAUACAUUACUUAUCAAAUCAUUCUCUGUCGGUAUAUUUAUUAAUUUAAACUAAAAUGGAAUAUAAAAUAUGGAAAUACUUUAUCAUGUUAAUACAUUUAUCAAGUGCAUUUGAAAUAGAAUUAACUGGGCCGGGUUUACAUCCAAAAGAUAUUGUGAUGCCGGCUAGAUAUUUCUUUGUUAAUUUCACUUCUUUUAACGAAGACACCUAUACACCAGAUUUUGGAAAGAAUUUUGCCGUCGAGAUAAAUGGAAAAUCAGUGAAAAAUAACUUUUGCCGAGUUUGGGUUAACACACUUGACAGAAAGGAUGGCACCUUUAUAGUUAGGUAUAAGGUUUAUGAAACAUGUAUGGAUCUCAAAGUUUCCAUUUAUUACAAAAGCAAGCACAUAAAUGAGUCUCCAUUAACAUUAGAAGGUCCUAUUCUAGCAGAUCAGUGUGAUUGCCCAAAGAAAGACUUUGAUUUAUGGUUAAACAAUUAUCAAUGUCUCAUCUCAUAUCCAAGUAUUAUUCGAGACCUAGAACCGUUUGACAACCAAGAUAUGUUGAAACAAGUAAAAAAGAUUGUAGAUAAAUAUCAUAAACCUGAAAGCACAAGUUUUUGUCACUAUGUCAUAAAGAAUAAUCAAAUAUAUAGGGAUUGUUAUGGCAAGCAUGUUGGAUUUAAUAUGUUUACUGACAAUAUCUUAUUGUCCCUGACAAGGAAAGUUGUACUACCUGAUAUAGAACUGGUUAUUAAUUUAGGUGAUUGGCCAUUGAUACAUAAAGACUCAGAGCCACUUCCUAUGUUCUCGUGGUGUGGUAGCAAUGACACUUUGGAUAUUGUUAUGCCAACUUAUGAUAUAACGGAAUCUGCAUUAGAAAAUAUGGGAAGAGUUACUCUUGACACAUUAUCUGUGCAAGGGAAUGUGGAAAAGAAGUGGGAAGAUCGUAAGCCUAUGGUCUUUUGGCGAGGACGUGACUCGCGCGCUGAGAGACUUAAAUUGGUUGACAUUGCAAGAGAAAAUCCUGAACUAUUUAAUGUAUCUCUUACGAAUUUCUUCUUCUAUCGAGAAAAGGAAGCACAAUAUGGUCCAAAACAACCACAUGUGUCAUUCUUCAAGUUUUUUGAUUACAAAUAUCAGAUGAAUAUUGAUGGAACUGUAGCAGCAUACAGAUUUCCUUACCUUCUUUCUGGAGGUGGAAUGGUUUUGAAACAGCAGUCUCCAUAUUACGAACAUUUUUAUAGUCAACUUCGUGAAUGGGAACAUUACAUUCCAGUUGCACGUGACUUGAGUGAUUUAGUUGAAAGGAUACAUUGGGCAAAAGAGAAUGACGAGAAGGCUCACAACAUAGCUGAUAAUGGUCGAAAAUUCGCACAAGAAAACUUACUUCCUCAACACAUUAUAUGUUAUCAUGCAUUACUAUUCUCUGAAUGGAGUAAGAGGAUAUCAAGUGAGGUGACAAUUCGUGAAGGAAUGACCCAUGUACCACAACCCACAUUUGAGUGUAACUGUCCAUUAGCUCAAGAGAUUAACCGAGAAGAUUUAUGAUAAUCUCAGCAAAAGAAAAAAAAAUCU